UGUGAAACUAAUGGAAACAUAACACCUGUUGAAGAUCAAAUGUCUGGUUUCACCAUCACCUUUCUGCAUAAAUUUGUCAUUCAAAUGUUUCUUGAAGACAUAAAUGCAACUUUCUGAAUUCCAUGGCGAUGAAAUAACGAGAGCGAGGCAAUCAAUUUAAUGUUAUAUUUUGCUCUCAUUUACAAUAUCCUUCCGCCCACGCUGCCAUAUCGAUGCAUGCAGGGACAGCAUCGCGAGCAAACAGGUGUAUUUUUGAAGUGAAUCUGUGUGUGGCGCGUGAGAAUCGGGGAUCGCAGUGCGAGAUUUUGAGGAGGGUAAAACUCUUCUGGGUCCUCCCGUAUCAACAUGGAAUUAUUAGAUAAUUACGAGAGACGAAAUGACCAUUUUCGAGAAGAAGCCAGACAUUUGAUACGAGAUCUUCACCUGAACAAUUCUAAUGGCCAACCACGAAAUGACAUGAAUGGAAGGAGAGAAAAACAGACUCGACAACGGACGUUUGAAAAUGAUUUACAUGAACAACAUCAUCGCAAAAACCAAGAUUUGGAUUUGAUUGCAUCUUCAUCAAAUCAUGCUGGAGACCGCAAACAACAUCAACACCAUCGAGGAGGAAUGGGACAGCCUGUAGGAGCUGAGCUUGGAUUAUUGGGAGCUGGGGAUUACGAGGUUAUGGAUGGUAAUUCUGGAUUAUUGGAACACACAACUGGACCAGUUCCGGACAUGGUCAGUGGUCAUCGUUCGUCGGUGGGUUCUGGCCAGCUCCCGCCGGGAAGAAACCGAACGUCUUCCACUUCCAGUCGAGGUUCUGCAAACGACUGGAAUCGCAAUGGUCAUUCAUCGGUCGGACAAUUUGAUCGUCAUAAUUGGGACUCGCCCCCACCUGGUUUGAAAUCAGACAAGAAAUCCAUAAAUGUGACAGGAUAUUCCGCUAACCCCAACUCCAGUUACCCGCCUCAUUCUCAAGGUUCCAAAUAUGGAAUGUCAAGGUCAAAUUCAGCGGCCAAUGCGAACGAGCGACUAGCUAGCGGUGAAAUAUCUCCGACAUUAGUCACGGAGUCUCGUACAAAAAACCGUGAGUUACGGCCAAACGAAAGAAACUCGGCGAUUUCUGCCUUUGACCCUUCACCUUCGCAGUCAAAUUCGCAUGGAAGGGAGUCGUAUGACAGAUCUGUUAUUUCCAGAAAUUCGUCACAAACAAAGUCUGAAGCGCGAUCAACUUGGAUUAACGACGAUUUGUGUCCUCCGCGUUCGGUAGCACAAACUAGGGAUUACAACGCGGGAGGCUACGGCGGCAUACCCACUCAGACUUCGGAUGGGUCUGGCUCUUUCCAUCAUGUUCAUACGAAUGAUUACCCUGUUGUAAACGAUGCUGCGCUUGAUGAAAGACGGCGUGAUUUCCACCAUCAGCGUGAUUCAUAUUCAACUAGCCACCACCAGCAAAGGCAGAGGGAAGCCUCAUAUUCCAACAUCAACGGCCAACGUUCUGGAGGGGCACGCAGUUCCCCUGCUGGAUCUCAACGGUCGUCAAUAGCGAGCAACAGCUCCGGAGAAACUUCCUCUUCACAUAGCAACAGGAGUCAAGGAGGAAGUGUUGGUCCUGAUAGGAGAACAUCCUUCAGAUUGCAAGGUCAAGUUGGGCCACAUCCAAGUGAGAGGAACCACGGUGUGCCUCCAGAUAUAUAUCCCUCCCAACACAUUGAUACCUACCUACCGGCGCCAAAAAUACGUUCCAACUCCCACGACCAUCCUUACCCUGCCCAACAUUCCAAAGACUACCAGGAUUUAUGGUCUGCGCAGUCCCAAGGCACAGAACAGGGUGAUAUGUCCCAGGCUUUGAGACCACAAUCUAGUACAUGUAAUUCUGCCAGUAUUGAAAGAAGCAUGCCUCUUCCAGAAGGCAAUUCAGGUGCAAGAGUUGCCGACAAGGCAUACACAACCCCAGCGAUGCCAUUAAAUGCUUCUAACUCCAAACAGUCGCAAGCCAGCGUAAGACCCAAAACCGGUUCAGGACAUUCGCAUGGUGGUGCACCAACAAACUCGAACAAGUCAAUAAAUCCUCUAUUACGAUAUGAAGUUGUGCAAAAGAAAUCAAAUGGACCCUCAGAAGCAGAGAGAAAACUUGAGGAACUUACUCAGCAGUUGGAGAAAGAACUGGAAGAAAACCCAGAAGGGGAAGAAUUUGGAUACUGUGUAAAGUGUGGAGAAAAGGUGACAGGUGCAGGCCAGGCAUGCCAAGCCAUGGGCAACCUCUACCACACAACCUGCUUCACAUGCUGCUCCUGUGGGCGUACAUUAAGAGGGAAAGCAUUUUACAACGUUCACGGAAAAGUAUACUGCGAGGAGGAUUACUUGUAUUCCGGCUUUCAGCUGACAGCAGAGAAAUGUGCUGUUUGUGGUCACCUGAUUAUGGACACUAUUCUCCAAGCGAUGGGCAAAUCUUAUCAUCCAGGCUGUUUCAGGUGCGUAGUCUGCAACCAAUGUCUGGACGGUGUCCCCUUUACCAUUGAUGUCGAUCAGAAGAUAUACUGUGUCAAAGACUAUCACAAAAUGCAAAGGACAUACGCUCCAAAGUGUGCUGCGUGUAACAAGCCCAUAACGCCGGGCACAAUGGAAACCGUGAGAGUUGUAUCCAUGGAUAAAGACUUCCAUGUUGAAUGCUACCGAUGUCAUGAUUGUAACCUACAAUUAUCCGAUGAAGAUGGCCAUCGCUGCUACCCUCUCACCGAUAAACUUCUAUGCUACAAUUGCCAUGUCGCCAGGAUAUCCCCUAGCUCUGAUCUCAGCUCAGCCGGCCUUGGGUUUUCUGGUUCUGGCCCUCUUUCCGAGGAGGACUCCGCUGCCUACUCCCCCCAGAUCUCCCCCAGCACCACCUACCCGGUAGUCAGCCCCCCUACAUCGCCACCAUCGGCCUCGCCUCACCAUGUACGGGAAGCUUCAUUCUCUGGCAGAGCAACCUACGACCCGUCUGUCAAGUCAGGAUCCCUGCCAUCUGAACCGCCGCAGUAUACGCCAGCUCCUUACAGCGGUAGCUCCACCACCGAAGGCCAAGGGUACCGUGCCUCGCCACCACCACCAUCAGACCCACCUCCUUACUCCCCUCAUGACCCCCUCAAAGCUAGCAACCCUCCUCCUCGGAAGACAAAUACUGGACACUACUCGUAUGGUAGCAGGCCUGGCCCGCAGGUUAGACGCAACAGUCAUCAUGAUAGCGGGUCACGUGAGCAAGAGUCUAAAAGUGAUAAUUCCUUAGGUGGCUACUUGGUGACUGACUUGUAAUUUUG